AUGAAAUUGUGGAUAGUAUUGGCAGUGGUAUCACUAGCCGCCUACGUGAAGGCAGAUGGGCGAGGUCCCAGCCACAGUGUUACUUGGGGAGCCCGAGCCUUCCGGGACAUGCACGUGCGACGCGAGAUUAUCACGGAGAAGUCAAAGUUCUUGCGAGUGGUUACCAGGGACUUUGUGUUUUCCCAAAACCCAAAGCUGGCCAGAACCAUCACACAAAUUGUGAUUACUGAUCAGGUGAGGGAAGGCCUAGGUGGCUAUGCCUAUUUGACGGCAGGUGGGCCCCAGAGCGACUUCGUCAAGAUCCAUUUCAAGAGUCAACGAAACAAAGGAUUUAGCUUCAUUGUGGAUGUUUACGCCAUUUAAUCCUGGCAUAUUAAUUAUACUUUUCCGUGUAUUUAUCCGCACACUCUGAUUGC